UCACCUGUACAAAAAAGCGCCUCAUCGUACAAUCGCGUCUAACUUCACUUUACGAAAACGGAAUUCGAAGAAAGGAUAGUGAAAAAGACGCACACCAAUACUAGAUUGGAAAAUUCCGUGGGAAUUAUUGUCCGUUUGGCUUAGAAAUUGAAUAGCAAAGUUGGUGUCUUUGAAAGUUAAUAUAUUUUAUGCAAACACGUUAACUCACUGUGAAGCAAAUACAGUGCCACUCUCAAAAUUGCCAGCAACGACAACAACACUAUGUCUGAAGCGGGCGAGUAUUCUGUGGAACGCAUUGAGGAUAAACGCAUUUGCAAUGGCAGAACCGAGUAUUUUUUAAAAUGGAAAGGUUACCCGCGCAGUGAAAAUUCAUGGGAACCCGUUGAGAACCUCGACUGCCCAGAUCUGAUUGCAGCUUUCGAGGAGUCGUUGAAAACAAAGAAAGAGAGCAAAAAACGCUCCAGUAACACGCCAGUAAAUGAUUCAAAAGUAAAACGAAAAGCUGUUGAAGAGGAGCGAGAAAACCGACGCACAAUGGGCUUCGAUCGAGGUCUAGAACCAUCUAAAAUACUCGGAGCCACCGAUUCAUCAGGCGAGCUGAUGUUCCUCAUGAAAUGGAAGGGCAGUGACGAAGCUGACUUAGUGCCGGCUAAACAAGCCAAUGUAAAAUGCCCACAAAUAGUCAUACAAUUCUAUGAGGAACGUCUCACUUGGCAUACGGCUAAUGCAGAAGAGGAUAAAAAUUCAACCAGCAAAGAACCGACCGAGUAAGACACUAGUUUAAGGACUUUUAAGUGCAAACAGACAAGAAAAUAACAAGAAUUGCAAAAUCAACUAAACUUAUGUAGGUAUUGCAUAAAUUGUUUCGGAAUACAAAGUAAGUGAAACAAAUGCAAAACGUCUAACAUACCGCGUAAGCUGCAAGAAUCUACAAGGCGUAGUGUUUAAACAAAAAUAAAGAUCGUUUUUAUUCAACGAAAUAUAUAAAAACGUUCAAGUUGCAAUUCAAUCGUAAAUAUACAUAUUUAAUGUAGUAAUUUCACUGUUUCUCUUUAAGCUAGUUCGCGUAGUUAUAUAGUUUUCAUGUUUUUUUUUAAUUGGCUGCGGCGCAAAUUGAAUCAUAAUUAAAUUGAGUUGUUGGUACUUUACUUUUUUUAAUACAGUUUUCAUUUUGUUACAAUAACUUCAGAAAUAUGGUUUGAAAAACCACCAAGUGAAAUCAUACAAUAAUAUCUAUGGAAGGAUUAACUUAAAAAUAAAUUAAUUUAAUUGCUAUGAUUACGUUCAGUUUUUAAGGACAUAAAUAAAAUGAAGUGACAUGAUAUAUCACAUGAAACGAAGUCCAGCAUAUAUAAACAUUACAAUUAAUAAAAUUACAUAGUUUUAAAGCUGAA